AUGUCUACAUUCUUUAAUUCUCCUAAAGAUGCGGCCAAUGAGGAGCCAGCUGAUCUGAAUAAGGAUAACACUGCGACUACUGCUUCCCCCACUCUCGCUACUCAUAAUGCAUUGCCAUCCGAUACAGAUGCCCUAUCCCGAGAAAGGUCUUCGAAACCAUCCAGCGAGAAAGAGAGCACCCUUGUCGAUGAGCCAAUUCGGAAUUCAACCGCGGCCGAUGAUACCAACAAAGAGAUGACCACAGCUAUUGAGGACUCGAAUAAAGAGUCUGUUCCGAAGAACGAUACCGAAAAAGAAGCCGCCAAGGACGAGGAAAGAAGUGGGAGUGAUGACGAGGCAGAUCAAGCAAAAGAGCCCGAGCAAGAAUACCCAACAGCCUUCAGACUUCUCCUCAUUACCAUUGCAUUGUGUCUCUGCGUCUUCUGCGUGGCAUUGGACAAUACAAUCAUUGCAACCGCCAUCCCCAAAAUCACUGAUCAAUUCAACUCCCUCGACGAUGUCGGUUGGUAUGGAAGCGCCUACUUGCUCACUACUUGCUCCGUCACCUUGAUGUUCGGCAAAUUCUAUACCUUCUACUCUAUCAAAUGGAUCUACCUCCUCGCGCUCUCCAUCUUCGAGGUUGGUUCGUUGCUCUGCGCCGUCACGCCCAACUCGGUCGGUCUUAUUUGCGGUCGUGCCAUUGCUGGUCUGGGUGCUGCGGGCUUGUUCUCGGGGUCUAUCUUAAUUAUCACACAGAGUGUUCCCUUGGAUAAGAGGCCUAUGUAUACGGGUCUUGUGGGUUCGAUGUUUGGCAUUGCCAGUGUUGCUGGUCCACUCAUGGGAGGCGCUUUCACGGAUCGGCUUACCUGGCGCUGGUGCUUCUACAUCAACCUGCCCAUCGGCGCCGUCACUUUCUUUUUCAUCCUCUUCUUCUUCAAGAAUCCCAAGUCUCUCAAGACCGCGAAGGGAUGGAAGGAGCAAUUAGCUGAGAUCGAUCUCAUCGGCUCGUUCUUCUUCUUGCCUGCGAUUAUCAGCCUGCUGCUUGCUCUGCAGUGGGGUGGUACCAAGUAUCCCUGGAGCGAUGGACGCAUCAUUGCUCUCUUCGUUGUCUUUGGCGUGUUGAUUAUCAUUUUUAUCGGUGUACAGUGGUGGGGUCAGGAGCGUGCCACUGUACCUCCCAGACUAAUUAAGAAUCGCAAUGUCUGGGGUUCGGCUUGGUAUGCACUGGCUAUCGGUGCGGCGUACUUUGUCCUGGUUUACUAUCUUCCCAUCUGGUUCCAAGCUAUCAAGGGUGCCUCGGCCGUAAAGUCGGGUAUCAUGAACCUCCCCAUGAUCAUCGCCGUCGUGCUCGUAUCGAUUUUAGCUGGCGGUUUCGUCACAGCCUGUGGCUACUACACACCCUUUAUGAUCGCUUCUUCUAUCAUCAUGACCAUCGGUGCUGGCCUACUCUCCACCCUCGAGGUUAACUCGGGUCACCCCAAGUGGAUCGGCUACCAGGCACUCUUCGGCAUCGGUCUAGGUCUAGGCAUGCAACAACCCAUGAUCGUGGCGCAAACUGCCCUCAGUGCCGGUGAUGUCCCCAGCGGUACUGCUAUCGUGAUGUUCGCUCAGACCCUGGGUGGAUCGAUCUUCAUCUCCGUCGCUCAGAAUAUCUUCCAGAACCAGCUCUUCCAAAAUAUUCGUGCAGACGCGCCAACUGCCAAUGCUGCCGAGCUUGUGGCAGCUGGUGCGACGAUGCUCCGUAAUGUCGUUUCGGGGCCCGUUCUGGAGCGUGUCUUGGUUGCUUACAAUGAUGCCAUCACACAGACGUUCUAUGUGGCUGUUGCCAUGGGUGCUUUGUCACUCAUUGGACCUAUCUUUGUGGAGUGGCUUUCCGUCAAGGGGAAGAAGGUUGAAAUGGCUGCGGUUUGA